UGAUUAUUUCUUGUAACUUCUUUCAGACAACAGAGAAAUAUGCAGAUCUUUGUGAAGACCCUGACUGGCAAGACCAUCACCCUUGAGGUCGAGCCAUCCGACACCAUCGAGAAUGUCAAGGCCAAGAUCCAAGACAAGGAGGGCAUCCCGCCAGACCAGCAGCGUCUCAUCUUUGCUGGGAAGCAGCUGGAAGAUGGCCGCACCCUGUCUGACUACAACAUCCAGAAAGAGUCCACCCUUCAUCUUGUCCUGCGUCUGCGUGGUGGCAUGCAGAUCUUCGUGAAGACCCUCACAGGCAAGACCAUCACCCUGGAAGUUGAGCCAUCUGACACCAUUGAAAACGUCAAGGCCAAGAUCCAAGACAAGGAGGGCAUCCCGCCAGACCAGCAGCGUCUCAUCUUUGCUGGCAAGCAGUUGGAAGAUGGCCGCACCCUGUCCGACUACAACAUCCAGAAAGAGUCAACCCUUCAUCUGGUGCUGCGUCUGCGUGGUGGCAUGCAGAUCUUCGUGAAGACCCUGACAGGCAAGACCAUCACCCUGGAAGUUGAGCCAUCUGACACCAUCGAGAACGUCAAGGCCAAGAUCCAAGACAAGGAGGGCAUCCCCCCAGACCAACAGCGUCUCAUCUUUGCCGGCAAGCAGCUAGAAGAUGGCCGCACCCUGUCCGACUACAACAUCCAGAAGGAGUCAACACUCCACUUGGUUCUCCGUCUGCGUGGUGGCAUGCAGAUCUUCGUGAAGACCCUCACAGGCAAGACCAUCACCCUGGAAGUCGAGCCAUCAGACACCAUCGAGAACGUCAAGGCCAAGAUCCAAGACAAGGAGGGCAUCCCGCCAGACCAACAGCGUCUCAUCUUUGCCGGCAAGCAGCUUGAAGAUGGCCGCACCCUGUCCGACUACAACAUCCAGAAGGAGAGCACCCUCCACUUGGUCCUGCGUCUGCGUGGUGGCAUGCAGAUCUUCGUUAAAACCCUGACAGGCAAGACCAUCACCCUGGAAGUGGAGCCAUCUGACACCAUCGAGAACGUCAAGGCCAAGAUCCAAGACAAGGAGGGCAUCCCACCAGACCAACAGCGUCUCAUCUUUGCCGGCAAGCAGUUGGAAGAUGGCCGCACCCUGUCCGACUACAACAUCCAGAAGGAGUCAACCCUUCAUCUGGUGCUGCGUCUGCGUGGUGGAUUCUAAGAAAGCAACGCAACAGCUGAAACAUUCCUCUCAAAAUGCAUGCUUUUUCUAGUGUUUAAAGUAUUAAAGCACUUUAAAAAUGAACAGAAUUGAAUUUAUCCUGGACCAGCUUUCCUUAAAGUUUAACAAACACACUUGUGAAAGAAUUGUCCUAUGUGUAAUUUUGUAACUGUCUUUUGCACCAGAUGCUUUGUAGUGAUGCCACAUGUUUCAAUAAAGAGCAAUGAGCAUUGAA